UGUUGACUCUUGUCUUUUCUCUUGCUCUAUCACUUUCUGUCUUUCUUUUCCUCACUUCCUCCAAUAAUGACCUCUUGGUUUUCUUUGCGGAAUCAGCCAUGGUGCGCAUCCAAAACGGCCAUUGUGUUGAUAUCCAGUUGCUGGCAUGUGACAUAGUGCCAUGAAGCAAAGCACAGCUAGCUGUCACAUGUGAAAUGUAAAAUUCAGUUUCUCAGCCUCAGGACACAGCAGCCCCAGCAAUGUGCACAACGACAUUAGUGUGCCAUCAAGAUGGGUCACAAGCAGAGCUUUAAGCACCGGAUGAUACCAUUGCUGAUUAUGAGGGCCAGAGCUUAUCUCAGCGUUUGCUUUCGAAAGAAUGUCUCCAUCUUCCUGUUCCUGGCUCUGUGUAUCUUUUUCUUUCUACUAUAUCGUAUAGAAAUCAUGGAGGUGGUAACCAGCAUCAAGGUGCAACAUUUCCCCAACAUAGGAUGGACUGUCAGCCAGUGUCAGAAUAAAGUUAGCACCAGCAUCACUUCAACUACUGAACCUCACAAGAACAUUGCCACCUGCACUUUCCAGCCGCUGUCCACAGAGGAGGCUGUUGAGAUAGACUCCCUAUUAGACUCCAUUGCUUGGCCUGAAACUCUACCAUUACUGUCUUCUUUUUUCCUGAAUGAGACAAGUGAUCCAGCCCACAGCUCUGUCACUAUUCUUCCACGGAGAGGAGGUGGUCAGUGGCACAUAGGGGAUGAGCUGGAGGUUUUCAUCAAGAUUUGUGACUUUUAUGGCCGUCCCAAGACAAAUGGGGGGGAUGUCUUACUUGCCCGGCUGCACAGUCCUAGUCUUCUUGCAGGUGUGGCUGGGCAAGUGGUGGAUCAUAACAAUGGCUCCUACUCUGCUGUUUUCUUUUUACCUUGGGAAGGAAGCGCUCUUGUUGAGGUGACCCUGGUUCACUCCAGCGAAGCAGUGACAGUGCUGCAGAGUCUUACCCAAGAACAACCUGACAGAAUUUAUUUCCAAAGCCUUUUCCGCUCAGGCUCAGUCACUGAAACUACCACUUGUAAUGUGUGCCUUAAUGCGGCCCAGCAGCAGCUGUGCAACUACACAGACCUUCACACAGGAGAUCCCUGGUUCUGCUACAAGCCAAAGACAUUAGCAUGUGAUGCCAGGGUCACACACACCUACGGAGGAUUCAGAAAGACACUCAGUCCCAAAGAGGAGAAACUCUUUCAAAGUGAUGUCAACAUGAAAGUUGUGAUUCCAGCAUCAGGACCUGCAAACAUCACUGUGUUGCCGACAUUGAAAGAUCAACCAAAGAUGAAAAGCAGCCUAGUGACAAAUAGACCCUCUGGCUUUUACUACAUGGGUCUGUGGCAAGCAUUAGAUGGCACCAUAAUUCGCCAGUUCAACACCUCCACAGCAGUCAGUCAGUGUCUAAAGGGCAAGACUGUCCACCUGUACGGAGACUCCACAAUCAGGCAGUGGUUUGAAUACCUCAACAACGCCUUACCAGAUCUCAAGGAAUUUGACCUGCACAGCUUGAAAAAAAAUGGACCUUUUAUGGCCCUGGAUUAUGCAAACAACAUUUUAGUGACGUACCGCUGCCAUGGACCACCCAUCCGUUUUUCCACAGUGCCAGUCAGCCAGCUCCAUUAUGUUGCAAAUGAACUAGACAGUGUAGAUGGAGGCACCAACACUGUUGUAGUCAUUGGUAUCUGGUCACACUUCAGCACUUAUCCUAUUGAGGUCUACAUCCGGCGUCUGCAAAGCAUCCGUAAGGCGGUGGUAAGGCUACUGUCCAGGGCUCCAGGUACACGAGUCAUCAUCCGGACUGCAAACCCUAAAGCUCUGACAGUCUACGAGACGCUGACCAACAGUGAUUGGUACUCAAUGCAGCGCGACAAGGUGCUCAGGGCCAUGUUCGAAGGAGUUGAAGUUCACCUGGUAGAUGCCUGGGAGAUGAGCUUGGCACACCAACUGCCGCACAGCCUGCAUCCACAAGCUCCCAUUAUCAAGAAUAUGAUUGAUGUCCUCUUGUCGCACAUUUGUGUUGGCAUAACCACUGUAAGGGAUCCGAAAUAAUUAACCAAGGAAAAACACACACAUAAGGCUCCAUCAGUUUUAACAACAUAGGCACAGAAUGACAACACCAGCAGAAGAAUGCAUAUGUGAAAUAACUUUCCUCAAGCAGGGAAGUUAAAUCACCUAAAGAAAACCAGUACAGACAAAUAAGCAACACAGGCAGAGAAGGAAUAUGACUACUACUAGAUGACUACCUCUGAAUGAUCAAACUUAUUGAACUUCUGAAAUUUCAGAAGAUGUGGUAACUCAUUAACCAACACAAAAGCUGACAGAGAGUAUCGUGUAGAACAUCCUUGUUGCACCAGUAUGUCUUUAAAAUGUAAAUCAGGUUGGAUGGGGAACAACACUGCCAUCUUCAGGACACUCCAAAGAUUCUCACUCAGGUUCAGCUCCAGACUGUGAGUGGGGAACUCUGGUGCUUUAACUGUGUUUUUCUGAAACAACUUUUCUUUUUUGUUGGUAGUUUGCUUGAGGUCAGUCUGAAAGCCUGAGCCAGGGGGAUUCAGCUCCGGUCCUCAAGGGCCACAGUCCUGCAGGUUUUUGAUGUGUCCCUGCUCCAAAACCACCUGACUUAAAUUGAUGAGUCAUUGUGCAAAACUUAAUAGGCUGUUGGAUCCAUUUAAUUUGAGUCAGGUGUGUUGAAGCAGGAAACAUUGGAAAAUCUGCAGGACAGCGGCCCUCGAGGACUGACUUUGGACACCCCUGGCCUAAGCUGUCUUUACCCUAACUAGUCUCCGUUUACACAUUAAAACAUUCCCACAAAAUGAUGUCAUGAUCAUGUCUGAGUGUAGGGACAGCAUUAAUGAGGUGAUGCUUGGUGGCAUCCCCUUUUAUAUGCCACCAAGCAUCAAGCAAUUCCACUGCUAGGAAUUGUGGCCAAAACAGCUGGAAUGAUUAAUAGAUGCAAACCUAUAGAAGUUUCUAUCAAGGUCCCGGUCCAGAUGGACUUCCGCUAGAAUUUUUUAAGGCGCUUAACACUAAACUCAUUCCAUUAUUGCUUUCUGUUUAUGUUGAAUCGUUGUCACAGGGCUCUCUCCCCCCUACAUUGAGACAGGCCUCUAUUAGUGUCCUCUUAAAGAAGGACAAGGAUCCAGAACUUUGCACUUCUUACAGGCAUGUCUCGUUAAUGAAUGCAGACACCAAGAUACUUGCAAAAGCCUUAGCUCAUCGCUUAGAAAAGGUCCUCCCAAUUAUUAUUUCCAGGGAGCAGACUGGUUUUGUAAAGGGCCGUCAGCUUUUUUACAACAUUCGUACUUUACUAAAUGUAAUCUACUCUAAAGAAUCCACAAACACACCGAUGUGGUAGUAUCAGUCGACGCGGAAAAGGCGUUCGGCAGAGUUGAGUGGAACUACUUGUUUGCUGUUUUAGAUAAAUUUGGUUUCGGCAAAGGCUUCAUAUCUUGGAUACGUCUUCUUUAUACUUUACCAUGUGCCACUAUUACUACUAAUGGUGUUCAGUCCAGUUCUUUCCUUUUGAAUAGAGGAUGUAGACAGGGUUGUCCUUUGUCUCCUGUUUUAUUUGCGCUUGCAAUGGAGCCAUUGUCAGUUUAUUUGAGAUCCUCUCCCGUUUUUACUGGCAUUACACGUUUGCGCACGGAAUAUAAGCUUUCAUUAUAGACCGACGACUUGUUGCUGUAUGUCUUAAAUCCUCUAAAUACAGGUCCUGCUAUUCUGUCAUUUUUUUAUAGGUUUGGCGCAUUUUCAGGGUACAAGGUCAACGUUUCAAAAAGCGAAUGUUAUCCUGUCAAUGCGUUAGCGAUGCAGUCUGACAUCCCUUUUAAACUUAGUCCUUCUGGAUUUAGGUAUCUGGGGGUUAACAUAGCUAACUUCAUAUGGAAUGGCCAAACACCUAGGAUCCGCCAAAAAGUACUUCAAAAUUGUAAGUUUGAUGGUGAUCUCUCUCUGCCAAAUUUCCAGUUUUACUAUUGGGCAGUGUUACGGCCGGCAAUUAUUGCUGACACCUGUGGCUCGUCACCCAUGCAAAUGCCUGCCCUGAUUCCCUGUUUGGAGUGGCUGGAGCCGUCAGACCAUCGUCUCCUCCCCUCUGGUUGGCUCAGCACUCAGCCAUUCACAACUCCAGCCACAGUACUCCAGCAAAUAAAGGACUGCUGCUGAGCUCAUUCGGGAGGGAGAAGCUGGACAGCACAGGCUGCUUCCCCACACUCUGGCAGACUUAUGGCGGCACUACUGUUUCCUUUGGGGAUUUUGAUUAUAGUCUUGUUGGUUUGGGCUUGCCUUUGUAUACACACAGUUUUGGUUUGAGUUGUGCUUUAGGUUAUUAUGUGUUCUGCCAGUUUUAUUAACUUUGGUGUUUAGUUUUGUUUAGGUUGUGUUUGGCUAGGUUAGUGUGUUUUUUAUUUGUGACGACGGUCACAUUAGUUUACUGGAACUGCUUCACUUUUGUUGUUUAGUUAUGACGCUGAGUUAGGGGCACACUUUUGUUUAUAUAGAUUUGUCUUAAUUUAGUAAUCCCCUUUUUUAUGUUUCUUUCAGCAGUUUCACCAACCCCAACACUAUUCAUGUUUGACUUCCUGUUUUAUUUGUUGACUUCCUGUUUUAUCCUAUAUUUAUACUUAUCACAAUAAAAUACUGUGUUUCAUUUGUA